CUUAAGAGCAUGCGCAUAAACGUACGGUCUUUUUUUGGGCAGCCAUCAGCCUGCAGCCGAGCUAUCUGUGAAGUCCUCACGAUUUGAGGCUCCCAGAAAUCAAAAUGGGAUUUGUUAAAGUUGUGAAAAAUAAAGCGUAUUUUAAAAGAUACCAAGUGAAGUUCCGACGUAGGAGGGAGGGUAAAACCGAUUACUAUGCUCGUAAACGCCUCGUGGUUCAAGACAAGAACAAGUACAACACACCUAAGUAUCGAUUGAUUGUGCGAUUCACCAAUAAGGACAUAAUAUGCCAGGUAGCGUACGCCAGGAUAGAGGGAGACAUCAUCAUAUGUGCUGCAUAUGCUCAUGAACUUCCUCGCUAUGGCGUGAAGGUCGGGUUGACUAAUUAUUCUGCUGCCUAUUGUACUGGCUUGUUAGUAGCUCGUAGGCUCCUAACAAAAUUUGAAUUAGCUGAUCUGUAUAAAGGACAAGAAGAAGUUGAUGGAGAUGAAUACACUGUUGAAUCUGAAGAUGGAAAGCCAGGAGCAUUCCGAUGUUUCUUAGAUGUUGGUCUGGCACGUACCACCACUGGUGCCAGGAUAUUUGGUUGCUUGAAAGGUGCUGCUGAUGGUGGAUUAGACAUUCCACACAGUGUUAAACGCUUUCCAGGGUAUGACAACGACGGCAAGGAAUUUCAUGCUGACAUCCACCGUAAACAUAUAUUUGGUGGUCAUGUUUCUGACUACAUGAAAAUGUUGCAAGACGAUGAUGAGGAAGCUUACAAACGGCAGUUUUCUCAAUACAUCAAACAGAACAUCACCCCAGAUAGUGUUGAGGAAAUGUACAAAAAAGCGCAUGCAGCUAUCAGAGCCGAUCCUGUUCAUAAACCAAAACCAAAAAGAGACGUCAAACCUAAACGAUGGAACCGUGCUAGUCUAUCAAAAGCACAGCGUGAUGAUCGGGUACGACAAAAGAAGGCCUCCCACCUGAGGGCUAGAGAAAAAGAAUAAAUAAAAUAAAACUGACAAAUGAACAUUUGAAUUUCCCAUCCUCUGGACCCGUAGCGGUUGCGAAUAAAUAAAAACCUCUUCUGGCCUGGAUGGCAAGUUAA